AUCACGACCAGCGCGCAGAAAUCUACACAACACUGAGUAAAGUCGCGGCUGUGCGGAGGAGAAAGGGCCACAUUGACGACGGGGCAGGCCAUGGAGAGCCUAGUGCAUUACAGCAACACCUCCCAUGCCCUCUCAGUGUUGGGGGUUCUGAAUGAGCAGCGCCUGCGGGGCCAGAUGUGUGACGUAGUCCUGGUUGUGGCAGACCAGAGGUACCAGGCCCAUAAGAGUGUUCUGGCUGCCACCAGUGAGUAUUUCCAGACCCUGUUCACACGGACGGACGCAGAGUCGCUGAGAGUUGUGAACCUGGACUUCUGUGAGCCGGACGCCUUCGAGAUAGUUCUGAAUUACAUCUACUCCUCCUCCCUGUUUGUGGACAAAGGCAGCCUGGCAGCCAUUCAAGAGCUGGGCUACAGCCUUGGAAUCCCUUUCCUCACCAACAUCGCGUCGACAAGGCCCCACGCAUCCUACUGCGUGUCCAGGAAAAGGCUUUCGUUCUCAGAGGGUGACGAGAACGACGUCCAGACAAGGAGCGUCAUUGUGUGUCGGGUCCGGAACGACACAACCCACCCUUCUCGCUCGAGUUAUCAGAGAAAAGCAUCAGAGAGAUUGUCUUCUUCUCCCCACUCUGCUCGAGAGCCUGCUCUGCCUCCAUCGGAACACAACUCGUAUGAAUCUCUCAGAAACUCUGAAUCCGUCAGCAGGAAAUCAUUGGAGCAGAGUGAAGCUGCAGAGAGGAAGCCCACCUAUCCCUACACCUCCAUAUUGAAAGGGAACUCAUCGCACAUCACAUCCGUUCGGCCCCAGCUGACAUCAUCGGUGUCUUUCAGUGAUGCGGAAGUGCAGCACUCCAGGCUGCAGUCUGGCACUGACCAGGACACCAAAGAGGAGGAUGAGGGGCUGCAGCCCCACUAUCACACCAAAGUGCCCUUCCGGGGUCAGGCCACUGAGCCAAGCCAGACCAUUGACAGGAGCGGACCGCUCAUAAAAAGCCUACUCCGAAGAUCGUUGUCCAUGGACAGCCCUGUUCCGGUGUUCUCGCCCACGCUGGAGCUCAAGGAGCUGCAAAACCGCGAACAGUCUGUCGUCAAAAUGGCAUCAAAAGCAUCCGGGCCAGAAACAUCCGCUCACAAUGGCGAUUCAAAAAGAACAUCUCCCCUGGUUCUCAGGUCAAAGUACCCCAGCAGGUAUGAUGAAAAUACUCAGGUAGAAAGAGAGUACAGUGUGAAAGCUGAGCCCAGCAGUCCACUCGCUGACCCCAUGGACAUUAUUCGAAUCACAGUUGGAGAUGCGUUGCCGGUCAAUCUUAGAGACUUGCAAACAAAUUACGAGCAAGAUUCCCGGUCCGACUUCAAUCCCUUUGGGAAAAGGAAGGACAGGCCGGACAACAGAAGGUACCCAUUCAAAAAGAACAAAAUAUUUAAGGAACAUACCCUCUCACUUGAUGAAGAAGUGUCAGAAACAGUACCUCAGAGUGCCGGCAGCGACUCCAAUGAUAACCUUGGGGAGCCGCCCCAGAACAAGAUUUUCAAAUGCUGGAACUGUUUGAAGGUUUUCAGGUCCAGCGCUGGACUGCACCGCCAUGUAAAUAUGUAUCACAACCCCGAAAAGCCGUAUGCUUGCGACAUCUGCCACAAGCGCUUCCAUACCAACUUCAAAGUGUGGACUCACUGCCAGACUCAGCAUGGUGUAGUACAAAACCCAGCAUCGUCCUCCAGCUCCUCUGUGCUGGAUGAGAAAUUUCAGAAAAAGCUGAUAGAUAUAGUUCGAGAGCGGGAAAUAAAGAAGGCCUUGCUUUGGAAGUUGAAGAGGAAUAAGCAGGGUCUGCAAUCUCCUGCACUCGCUAAGAAGAGAUCAAGGCCCAGCUUCAUAUGUCCUUACUGUGGGAAAGUAUUCGUGUUCCAGUCUCAGUACAGACAGCACUUAAGAACACAUCCUGCUGAAAAGCCUGACGAGGAGGUGGAGAGCGAGAGCUUCCUCUACCAGGACCAGGAUGAGAACAUUCAACAGAAGAACACGGAGGCUGGCCUUUACUCCUGCAGACUCUGUCAUAUGAAGCUGUCUUCACUCUUCGAGCAGGGCGACCACGAGAGGGGCUGUCGACACGCAACCGUGUGCCCUUACUGCGGCCUCCGCUUCUCUAGUCCGACGGUCAAGACGGACCACGAGGCUCAUUGUAAGUACAAGAAACUGACGUGCCUUGAGUGCAUGCGGACCUUCAAGUCGUCCUUCAGCAUAUGGCGCCACCAGGUGGAGGUCCACAACCACAACAUGAUGACAGUUAAAGACCAGAUUCACCUGAGGCAGCAAGAGAACAACGAAGAGGCGCCUGAAAUGCUUGGGGAGGAGCAUUACUGUGACGAGCCUCAAGGGAGCUCAAGGGAGGUCAUCACUUACAGCGACUCCUCGGGUCUGCCCAUGUACGAUUCAGAAGACUCCUCGUCUUAUGUGCCUGAGGACCUGAGCAUGGUCCACCACGGCAGGCUGGUGGUGAAAGAAGAGCCGUUAGAGGAGGCUGUGAGCGAGAUGGAGAACUCAGAGACUGUCCAAGCGGGCCCCGAGGAACCCGGUGUGUGGCCGUGCGAGAAGUGCGGAAACCUCUUCAGCUCUCGCAAAGACCUGGAGCGACACCAGGAGCUGCUAUGUCACAUCAAACCAUUCAUCUGUCACAUCUGCAACAAAGCCUUCAGGACCAACUUCCGCCUUUGGAGCCACUUCCAGUCCCACAUGUCAACCGCUAACGAGCCUGGAGCCAAAGAGAUUGACAGAGACCCGUCGUCUCUGUCCCCCUCCCCGCCCGCGACCCCUCAAAGCACCGAUCGUCCCUCCCCACAGGCCUCCGUGCUCAAGUCCGCCCAGACGGCGCCAGUGGUCGCAGUAAUGGCCGAGGAGUCCAGCAGCCCGGAGCCCUGCGGCUCGUCAGCAAGCAACAUGAAGAGGCCCGAGCUAGAACUGCAAGCCAGCAGCCCUCUGUCAAGGUCAAACAGCAUGGAGAACGCAGGGGGCCCUCAGGAAUCAGACACCCUCUUCUACCACGCGCCGUCUCUCUCGGCCCUGACGUUCAAGAGGCAGUACAUGUGUAAACUCUGUCACAGGACCUUCAAGACGGCCUUUAGUCUCUGGAGCCACGAGCAGAGUCACAGCCACGUGUAAGCAUCAGACAAGUAGUGGUGGUGGAUUUUCUCUUGGGACAAUACUUCAUAUUAGAAUGAACACACCUCAGCCUACAAAAGGAAGACUCUGAAUGUAUAGCUUGUUUGCUUGCCUCAAAUGUCAUAUAUAUAUAUAUAUAUAUAUAUGAAGUGGCCAUGUUCAUUAGAGGUGUAAAUGUGAAUGUGCAAUCAAGUGCUAGAGUUCUCUGUGAGAUGAGAUGAUUAUAACUGGUUUAUUUUCCUUUCAAAUUGAGCUAUAAGCAUUUAUCUAUUUUAAACCUCCUUUGGUUGUUUACUUGUAUUUAUCUGUCUAGGUGUUUUUGAGGAAACAAGGUACAGAGUUGCACCAGCUGUUCCACGUUUACAGUGGCAACUGUGUACAUUGUUCUCUCAGAGUGUGGAAAAAGUGCUUUAAAAUUUGUGGAGGUUGCAGUUGAAUUCGAGUUUUGCUUUUUGACCCUUCUAUCAGAUCUAUCUCUUGGCGUAAGCGACAUCCCUUAAGAUAAUGUCGGUGGCCUCAACAAUGACUUUUAGUAUGCACUUUGUUUAACAGUUUGAUUCUGUUGGGGGGGGGGGGAGCAUUG